AUGUAUCGACCACGUUCUUCAAUACCAUAUGAUAUUUUACAUAGACUUCGAUUUCCAGCUAAUUUCUCAGCAAUCUUAGCGUAUAUGAGUUAUUUUCCACCACCGCCACCUAUUUUUCCUGGGCCACCACCUCGUCGUUCUCUGGCAUGUUCAUCUAAUUCUUUUUCUUCCUUACCGUGUAUUAUAUCUAAUGAUCAUAAUCUUUUAUACUUACAUAAAUAUAGUCCAUUGAUUAAUAUUAAUCAAUCAACAUCAACAACAAAUACAUCACAUAAAUCAAUAAUAAAUUCUUCUCAUUCUACACAAACAUUAUCAUCAUUUGAUUAUAUUCUAAUUUUAAUACAAAAUCAUUUUUCAUUAAUUCUUAUAUUAAGUAUUUUUCUAUUUUUAAUAUGUCUGUCAAUAUUAUUUCUUUUUUUUCAAUGUUUACGACAAAGACAAAAUACAUCAAAUAAUAAAAAUUAUGCAUUUUAUUAUCAUUUAAUACCACAUCGUCGUCGCAAACAUCAAACAAAAACACAAGAUAAUGAACAUAAUUUAACACGCCUAAGAAAAGAUUCUCCAACGUUGCGUGUUAUACGAUUAUCAAGAACAAGUGGAAAACAUAAAAAUGAUAAUAAUGAAACUGAAGACACUCUUUAA